AGUGAAUAAAAAAAAACAAAACGAUUCAAAGCUUUCAUCCGCAGAAAACUUCAUUUGAUUACCCUUUCCCUCAGUCAUUCGUUAUUCGGUCAGCAAUUUUCCUUUUUUCAUUUUGAUUUGUUCAGAUAAAUUACCAUUUUAGCUGCGGAAAUUCACGAUUUAUUUUAGGAUGCUGGGAUUGUGUAAUCUGGUUGAAGUUGUGAAACUUGGGAGGAUUAGGAUUUAAGCCUACUGCACUAUUUGGAAUUUUGGGGGAGCCUGAAUACUAGUCUCUCGUCCCAUGUGUUCUCUGUGUGGUGUCUGGUCAGUGGAAUCGGAUGGCUUUUCCCAUUCAGGGACUUCAUCGUAAGAGCCAAACAAGCAAAGUCCCUUUGUUGAUGGAGCGUGCAGAUACACGUAAUGGUAGUGAACAUGUUAUAGAUAUUGCUGGUACCAGCAAUGCUUCGUCCAGUUUAUCACAUGAAAGGCAGUCGAGUGGCUUGGAGUGGCAUCAAAGUGAAGAUCAGCCAUCUACUAGUUCAAGAGUUCCUGUAAAUCAACAACCUCAGCUCUUCUCUGGUGGACCUAUUUCAAGAAACUCGUCUCUCAUCCGAAGAGGAAAUAGUCGAGGCCGCCAAAGAAGUCCACUAAAUUCUGGCUUGUGGAUAUCGGUGGAGUUAGUGUUGACACUCAGCCAAAUUAUCGCUGCUAUAAUUGUCUUAGCUUUAUCAAAGCAUGAGAAGCCCCGUGCUCCUUUGAGAGCAUGGAUUAUUGGUUAUGCAUCUGGAUGUGUUUCAAUACUUCCCCUUCUAUAUUGGCGAUUUAGAUAUCGAAACCAGGUUUCUGAACUAGAUGCAUCUCAGAGUCGUGUGGAUCCUUCUCAGGGAAACAAUAAUGCUGGUCCGACGAGUAGGAGAGCCGUGGAAGGGGAGGACCGCCGUACAACUAGUACAACAACCAGAGGCAGCCAGAGUAACGGGGUACCAAAUCCAAGGCUUAAGGUAUUUGUUGAGUAUUUCAAGAUGAGUUUGGAUUGCUUUUUUGCUGUUUGGUUUGUUGUUGGAAAUGUAUGGAUUUUUGGAGGGCGCUCAUCGUCUGCUGAAGCCACCAAUUUGUACAGGUUGUGUAUAGUAUUCCUAGCCUUUAGCUGUAUUGGAUAUGCAAUGCCUUUUAUUUUGUGCACUACAAUCUGCUGCUGCCUCCCUUGUAUAAUAUCAGUCCUAGGCUUCAGAGAAGAUUUUUCGCAUAAUAGAGGAGCCACUCAAGAUUCGAUAAAUUCUCUCCCGGUUUAUAAGUUCAAAGUAAAGAAAGUUAAGAACGGCAAUGACAAGGAGAGUGAAGGUGGGAUCGUGGCUGCUGGAACAGAGAAAGAGCGAGCAGUAUCUGGAGAAGAUGCAUCCUGCUGCAUUUGCUUAGCCAAGUACGUAAACAAUGAUGAACUCCGCGAGUUGCCCUGUUCCCAUCUGUUCCACAAAGACUGCGUGGAUAAAUGGCUCAAGAUCAACGCAUCGUGCCCACUUUGCAAAGCCGAAGUUGGCGAGACCGUUUUGACCACCCUGACCGACACAACUGCCAACCUGCGAAACGGCAACACUCUAUGAAAAAACUGCAGGUAUGAUGAUAUCCAGAAUUAUUGUUUGGAUUCCUCAUUUAAGCAGUGUGUGUGAGAUAAAAGAUUCAAAGAAAAUGAUGGCUAUGUAAUAGAAAGACUAAUAUCAGAUUUGUCAUAUUGUUUAGAGAGCCUUAAAAGAUUAUUUUUAAGCUUGUUAGAAUAUCAAUAGAAUCAGAGUUCGAAUAAGUUUUUAUCUA